UGCUUCCACAAGGAUUCCCUAUAUCUCCCGUUAUAACUCUGAGUUUGUACUAAUGUCUUUGCCUGUACCAAGAUGGCGGCGGAACUUCCUCUUCCGGUGUUGUGGCGGAAGUGCUGUCACAAAAAAGAUGGCGGAGAGCAGGAGCGGUCCGUACUGCCCCCGAGAGAGAGGGGAGCGGGUAUCGCUUAAUGUCGGGCUUUACCUGCUGGGGCUCCUGUCUCUGCUCAGCGCCCUGCCGCACUCCCAGGCCACUACUCACUGGGUUGUUACGGAGGAUGGGAAGAUCCAGCAGCAGGUGGAUUCCCCCAUGAACCUGAAGCACCCUCACGAUCUUGUGAUUCUAAUGAGACAAGAGACCACCGUUGGCUACCUCAAAGAGCUGGAGAAGCACUUGGUUGCUCAGAAGAUCCACAUCGAGGAGAAUGAGGACAGAGACACGGGCCUAGAGCAGAGGCACUACAAAGACGACCCAGACUGUAUCAAAGCCAAAGUGCCUUUGGGAGACCUCGACUUGUAUGACGGCACGUUCAUUUCAUUGGAAAGCAAGAAUAUCAGCCCUGAAGAUUACGCUGAUCUGCACAGUGCGUUACCUCCCGACUUAAUGCAGCCAGACUGCACAAAGAUCAUAGAGCUUCCAUUCAGCAUUCAUGCCUUUCACCAUCUCCGGGGCAUUCAGGAGAGGCUGAACCUUUCUGCCCCGCUGUUGCCUAAAGAGGACCCAAUAUUCAGUUCGCUGCACCGGCGGCUAGGGAGAACGAUCGAUGAGAUGGGUCACAGAAUACACGAAGGCCUUCUAAAGAAUACCACCUCCUGGGUUCUAUAUAAUAUGGCAUCUUUUUAUUGGAGGAUAAAAAACGAGCCAUACCAAGUUGUGGAGUGCGCCAUGCGAGCACUUCACUUUUCUUCCAGACAGAACAAAGACAUUGCACUGGUGAACAUGGCGAAUAUUUUGCACAGGGCGCAUUUCUCUGCGGAUGCGGCCAUUCUGGUCCACGCGGCACUGGACGUGUCCAGCGACUUCCUCACCAGUCACUACACACUCGGGAAUAUAUAUGCAAUGCUUGGGGAAUACAACCACUCAGUGCUGUGCUAUGAUCGCGCUCUGCAAGUGAAGCCGGGGUUCGAUCACGCUAUAAAGAGAAAGCACGCCGUGCUCUGCCAGCAGAGACUGGAACAGAAACUGGAGGCCCAGCACAGGUCCCUCCAGAGAACCCUGAAUGAGCUGAAAGAGUAUCAGAAGCAGCACGAUCAUUAUCUGAGGCAGCAAGAGAUCCUGGAGAAGCACAAACUGAUCCAGGAGGAGCAAAUUUUACGCAACAUCAUCCACGAAACCCAAAUGGCCAAGGAGGCCCAGCUGGGGAACCAUCAGAUAUGCCGUAUCAACAAUCACAAGCACAGCUUGCAUUGCCCGUGGGACCUUCCGGUGCGCUACCACAGAGGAGACAUCUUUGAGAAUGUGGAGCAAGUCUUGUUUGGUGAAGACAUGCCGUAUGCACACAUGACAUCUGGGAAUCACGAUGUGCCCGCAAAUCAGAGCAUCCUACUUGAUCAGCCCCUUGUUCCUCGUUCACCACUUAAGGUGUGGGACAUGGGGGCCGAUAGUUUUGCUCAAGAGCCAAGCCAACUGUGGCCUCAAAAAGCAGAAUGUGCCAAGAGUUACCCAACUAUUCCUGCACCUGAAGAUCUUCCAACGUACUACCUACCUCCUGAACAGAGAGUCCUGGGUGUCAUUCCAGUCGUAUCAAAGCUGAUCAACACAGGCAGUGACACCCAGACUCCAGACUGCGCGUCCGUAAGCGACGUGCGCAGAAAUGAAAGCCUGCACCAACUGCUGCUAGAGCUGGAGAGCAGGAUGGACCUGAAGCAGCUUAAACCGGACCCCUACGCCCGACAGAUUUUCCUUUCCCGAGCCAACAACAUCAGUGUGUCCGAAGAGGAAACAGCUGCCUCCCUGUCUCACUUUAUAGCAAACCCAGUGGGUCCCAUCUGGUCCGUGCUGAAUGAGGCCGCUUUAUAUUGGCGCGCCGUAGGAAACAGCACCCAAGCCCUCGCCUGCUUGCGUAGGGCACUGAACCUCUCUCCGCCCCAACAACAACACAUUCCAUUGGUCAAUCUGGCCAAUUUACUAAUGCACUACAAUCUCCACUCGGACGCCAGCAAGCUGCUACUUCAAGCGUUGGCUAUCGAAAGUUCAGAGCCACUAACCCUGCUGAGCCUGGGGAACGCGUACCUCUCCCUCAAGAACCUAACGGGGGCGCUACAAGUCUUCCGAGCCGCGCUGGAUAUGAGAAAGCGCUGCCCAGAGUGUGAGGGCAGCUUACAGCUGAUUCGCUGCUUGCAGCUCUACCCGUUUCUGUAUAAUGUCAGCUCUUCCGUCUGCAGCGCAGGACGUUGCCGUGCAGACCAUAAUAAAGACGACCACAACGCGCAGAAAUAUUUCCACUCUUACCCACAAUCCUUUGAGGAAACAGACGACAAAAGAUCGCAAGUGGCUACCGAUGAGGCGCGACCCGCGUCCAGCCUGCAGCUUGAGAACGUCGUCUUGGCCGACAAUAUCAGCACGGAGGAGAAGGAGACGGCGGGGGAGGCGCCGGUGUCGGAAGAGAUGCUCGCCUUGGUGGACGAGUUUGAGAACUCGUGGCCCCUGGAAGCCUUCGAGGGGGCUCUGGAGCUCAAGGGCCGCCGGAUGGAUCUACAGGGCAUCCGAGUCCUGAAGAAGGGGACGGAGGAUGGGCAGUCUUGCUUUGGCGACUGUGACGAUGACGACGAGGCCGAGUGGAUCACCUUUCAGGUAAAGCGCCUGAAGAAGCCAAAGAUGGACGGUCCCGGCUCUGCGGAUCUGAUUGGCGCAGCAGAAGAAGAAGCCGCUGAAGGCGACAGUGACUACCAAGCUGCUCUAGAGAUUAGUGGCCCAAAGAUACCAGCCCCUGGCCCACAAGGAAAGCGACCAGACUACCAGAAACUUGGGUGGCCGAGCCCCGAAGAGUGCCUGAAGCACCGCAGGGUGGAGCUCUCUACUGUGGCCAGCACGUGGCUAGCCGUGUCUGCUAAAAAUAUAGAUAUCACAGAACAUGUGGACUUUGCCACCGCGCUUCAAGAACCGGGGGUGGAGCCACUGUGUAACGGCAACAUGGCCGCCAGCAUGCACACGUUGGAUCACCUGUACGGCGUCGCCAACCGCGCCGCUAUCCACUACACAGGAGAAAGCCAACUCAAGGAGGUUCUGCAGAAUUUGGGGAAGGACAAGUUCCCCCCUCAAUCGCUGGAGCAAGUAGGAACCCGGAUCAUGAAAGUCCUAGAGAAGAACCAGACGUCGUGGGUCCUUUCCAGCAUGGCCGCUCUGUACUGGAGGGUUAAGGGCCAAGGCAAGAAGGCAAUCGACUGCUUACGGCAGGCCCUGCACCAUGCCCCCUAUCACAUGAAGGACGUGCCCCUCAUCAGCCUGGCAAACAUCUUUCACAACGCCAAGCUGUGGAACGACGCCAUCAUCGUGGCCACCAUGGCGGUGGAGAUUGCUCCUCACUUUGUGGUCAAUCACUUCACGCUGGCCAACGUGUAUGUAGCAAUGGAGGAGUACGAGAAGGCGAUGGGAUGGUACGAGUCCACUCUCAAGCUACAGCCGGAAUUUGCCCCCGCCAAGGAUCGAAUUCGUGCCAUUCAGUGUCACCUGCUGAUGAAGAAGGGAAGGCCGGCCCCUUAGUGUCCCCUCCCCUUACAAAUUAUUGUUUUUAACUCCACCCCCCCAGUAACUAUUAUUGAUCUGUGUUGGAAGUUGGGCUCAUGGAGUAACGAUGGGGGUGUCUCGGGUUGCAAGGUUUCGAUCAAACGGAGACGAAUCCCAUCGCUUUUAUCAGGGUGGGCGGGGUUUUAAAGUCAUUCAUGUUUUUUUUCUUUAUGUUAUUGGCCACGGCUUUGGGGGGCACUGUUAUAAGAAGGGGGAGAUUGGUGUUUUUUUUUUUUUCUAAUUAAAUCUGUAUUGCGCGGGGUGGCAGGGAGCGACGCAGAGACUAAAUCAUUCGCAGAGCCCAGGAAUGCAAUGAUUGGGCAGAAAGGGGACAGGGGGGCGGUCCUUAAUGCAUUAAAUAUAAUGGUUUCAUUCAUUUACGUGUCUCAAGAGAAGCUGCUGUGAUAUUUUAUUACAUUCCCUACAAAUGAAUGGGUUCCCAUGAUAGGCUUACUAGCUCCGCCCCACGUGGGGCUAAAGGCGGGCAUACAUGGCAAGCUGCCAACUCGUUAAGGGGAACGCGUCGGUUCGUUGAUGUCGUCUUUUCCGGGUUGGUCUUCCUAGACCCAAUAGGGUAAAGAUUUGCUCAUUUGGCAACUCCAUAUUGGCAGGUUAGAAAAGCAACUGGUCGAGGAGAACAUCAGGGCGUUGAUGCGGUCCUCUACUGGUCGGACUUCCAUGGCCAAGCCAGAGAGAGAUCUGCUCAUUGGUGGCUUCAGUGACAGGUUAGAAACUCUUAGUCUUCCUAGAACUUCACAACGAUGCGAUAAUUGGCCCAGGAGCCAAAUGCUUGGAUCUUCUUGGUUCAGAUACCCAAUUGGGUAAAGAUCCGCUCGGUUCUAACUUAAGACUGACUAGCCCCGCCCUUGAUGUUGAAGACCUUGGUUGUAUGGACUAAACAUCUCUAGUGUCUAAUGGAGCUUUAAUGGAUCUUCUCAACCCAUAACCAUCUUCCCUUCCCCUAAUAACGUUUGGGCACCAAUGGGACAAAAGGUUUAGGGUUCAGAUGACACUUUUUGAAGACCUAAGAAGUGUCCAGUGUUGGGUUGUAUUGACCAAUCAGGUCCUUAAGGAAAAUGCACUUUUCCCAGCCUUAUUUUGUCCCAAACUUAGAAUCUUCGAUCAUCUUCGAGAUCAUGUAGAAGCCAAUGGCAAAUGUCCAUUUACAGCUGGAAGGGACGUCUGCCACUGACUUCUCCGUGAUGACAGUUUUUGCUGGCAAAUUUUUGUUUUUUUAGCCAUUUGGACGCAUUGUAAAUAUCAACAAAGUUGCAGCUUUUUUCUGCAACUUUAGUGCUAAGAAUCCGGAUCAAAAAAAUGUGAUAGUUGGUAAAUGAUCCCCUAUGGGUGGUUUUUCCUUUAGCCCCAAAAUACCAGUUAUUUGACGCUACAUUAUAAAAUGGCCGUAGAACUGAAGCAGGAAUUGUACUUCCAUAAUGGUGACCGUUCUUGCCUUCCUUUUCCUGGUGUUCAUCUAUUAUUUAUCACAUCUGGGGGGAAUCUAUUCCAUACGGCGCCGCCAUGAUGGAUCCGCAGAGUCGGACGCUUCCCACGAGUUUCAUUGAACGGCGUUGAGCGGUUAGCACUUGAGUUUUGCCGCCCAAUCUUAUUCAUGUCGGACCAUUUCACUAGUGUGGGAAUGAGUGGGGUUCUAGGUGUGGGUCUGGUCGUGCAGCCGGGAAAUUCCGUCUGGAUUGGGACGUUUGUACAGGGAACACUACAAAUAAAAUUGUUCUUAAGCAAA